GUAUUUCUUAAACCCUAAUUGGACAUUAUUAACCCGUGUGCCGCUUUACAAACAUCGUUUCUGAAUUCUGAUUCCCAGAACCGAAGAAUUUCAGCAGCGGCACUGCGAUGGGUGCGUACACAUAUGUUUCGGAGCUAUGGAGGAAGAAGCAAUCGGAUGUUAUGAGGUUCCUGCUGAGGGUGAGGUGCUGGGAGUACCGCCAGCUUCCUUCCAUAGUUCGCGUCACCAGGCCCACUCGUCCCGACAAGGCUCGUCGCCUCGGCUACAAGGCUAAGCAGGGUUAUGUCGUAUACAGAGUGCGUGUGAGACGUGGGGGUAGGAAGCGUCCUGUUCCAAAGGGUAUUGUUUAUGGCAAACCCACAAACCAAGGUGUGACUCAGCUGAAGUUUCAGCGCAGCAAACGCUCAGUAGCGGAGGAGCGUGCGGGCAGGAAACUCGGUGGCCUCAGGGUUUUGAACUCUUACUGGAUUAACGAGGAUUCCACCUACAAGUACUUUGAGGUGAUAUUGGUUGAUACUGCUCACGCUGCAAUCCGUAAUGACCCUAGGAUCAAUUGGCUUUGCAAUCCUGUACACAAGCACAGGGAGCUUCGCGGCCUGACCUCAGCCGGGAAGAAGUACAGAGGUCUCCGAGGAAGGGGACACUUGCACCACAAAGCCCGCCCUUCGAGAAGGGCCACCUGGAAGAGGAACCAAACACUCUCCCUGCGUCGCUACCGGUAAUUCUAUUUACUGCUUUGGCUGUCUCUGUGAGAGCCUCAAUUAUUUGUGUUUUAGCAAAGCUGUUGAAUCCACUCUUUUAGACUGGGAUAUUAUCUACCUUUAUUAUUCUAUGUAUGCUAGAUUAAGAGUUUGCUUGAAUGAAUUCAAUAUAUUUAAGGUUUUUGCUUGACUAUCAUUUGGAUUA